AUGCAACGGCCCGCGCCGCCGACCGCAGAGAAAGGAAGCGGCCGGGCGCUGGGCGGGGCGGGAGGCGGCCACGCGGAAGAAGGACGCGCCCGCCCUGCGAGUGACGUUCGGCGCGGGCUGGUGGCGUCGGCGGCCGCCGUCUUCGCCUCGUCCCUGCGGCCAUCUUGGGCUUCGCCUCUCCCCGCGCCCGCCCGCCCGCCCGCCGGCCGUCCGGGCGCUCAGGGGCGGUUCGCGCUCGGUGUCGUGGAAAGGAAGGGGCUCGCCCAGCUUCUCGCGCCGCUGCCCGGCCUGCUGCACAAGCUGCUGGAGUGGAGCCGGCUCCUCGGCGGGAUGCUUCCGGCCCGGUGGCUGGACUUGGCCGGGGGCCUCCGCGCCCUGAGAGCCCUGCGGGCGCGGGAGGAACCGGCCGCCCCCCCGACGCAGAAGUCCCUGAGCCCGCUGCGGCUCGGCACCCCCGACGGCGCGGCCGCCGGCCCCCUCGGCUGGCUGGAGGAGGGGCUGCCCUGGCCGAGCGCGGCCGCGGCCCUGGAACUGGAACUUCAAGCGCAGGGAAGAGCGUUGGACCCCGCCGCGCACGCCUUUCUCCUGCAGCCGCCGCUGUGGGGAGUGGAGCUGCUGCCAGGCAGCCUUCCGGCCCGUCUGCUCGCUGACCGCGAUCUUGGCCCUCCGCCCUCCGGGCCUCCGAACCUCCAGCGCUUAAGCAAUUUGGACGUCGUCUCCUGUUUGCUGAAGCUCUCCUAUCUGGACGGCCUUCCCCGGGCAGAGCUCGGCUGUCAGAACAUCGUCGGAGGUGGCGAGCCGGUGGGUUUCCAGACAGCGACCCCUGAGAGCGGCUACCUGUCUGAGAACCUUUCUCGUCCCCGGCCCCUGAAUGCAGACGUCACUCAGGCCUCGUGGCAGCGGUGUCCCCCACUUUCUAGAGAAGGCCUGCCGGAAAUCCACCAUCUUCGUAUGAAACGGCUGGAAUUCCUUCAGCAGGCUAACAGGGGGCAAGAGUUACCCACCCCCGAACAAGAUCAUGGCUACCACAGCCUGGAGGAGGAACACGGCCUGCUCCGGAUGGACCUGAAACCCUGCGAAGAUGGGCCCACGCGCUGUGUCCACCCUGCUGGAGCCGUUCCCGGAGCCGCCCCGGAGCCCACUGAGGAAGAAGUAGAAUUGUUGACUAAAGGGGUUCCACUUGCCUUGGAAAGACAGUGCCCUUCGGAAAGCUGUCCAUCUGGUGAGGAACCUAUGGAACAAGAGCCUUCAGAGGACCAAAGAAGUGUGGUUGACUCCUCAGACAUAGAAGAUGACCUUCCCGCUUCCGCCAGACCAGCGUGUAGUAACAGAUUGAUAGAUUACAUUUUGGGAGGUGGAUCCAGUGAGGUGGAAACAGGUUCUGAUUCCGAAGGUGAGGAUUGGGAGGAGGAGGCUGAGGAUGAUGGUUUCGAUAGUGAUAGCUCGCUCUCAGAAUCAGACCUUGAACUAGACUCCGAAGGGCUUCACCUUUGGAACUCCUUCUACAGUGUAGAUCCUUAUAAUCCCCAGAACUUCACAGCAGCAAUUCAGACUGCUGCCAGAAUUGUUCCUGGAGACCCUCCUGACUCAGAGAAGGAUUUGUCUGACAAGUCCUCUGUAGAGACUUCUCCCCAGACUGGAAGCCUUCCUGAGUCUCCUGGCGAUAAUUCUGGGGAGGAAGAUGACUGGGAAUCUAGUGCAGAUGAAGCAGAAAGUCUCAAACUCUGGAACUCUUUCUGUAAUUCCGAUGACCCCUACAACCUUUUAAAUUUUAAGGCUCCUUUUCAGACAUCAGGGAAAAAUUGGAAAGGCUGUCAUGACUCAGAGAGGCCAUCUGAGUCCACUGUGGCCAUUUCUGAGUGUCACGCCUUACUUUCCUGUAAGGUGCAGCUGUUAGGGAGCAGAGAAUGUGACUGUCCAGACUUGUUACAGGGUGGGGUUCUUUCUGGAGCAAGACACACGCAUAUCAAGAGAAAAAAGGUAACCUUCUUUGAAGAAGUUACUGAGUAUUAUAUAAGUGGUGAUGAGGAUCGCAAAGGCCCAUGGGAAGAAUUUGCGCGGGAUGGAUGCAGGUUCCAGAAACGAAUUCAAGAAACAGAAGAUGCUAUUGGAUAUUGCUUGACAUUUGAGCACAGAGAAAGAAUGUUUAAUAGACUCCAGGAAACAUGCUUCAAAGGACUUAAUAUUUUUGAGCAAUGUUAAGAUGGUUUGACAGCCUCUAGCCCUAGCAUACACUACCUCUUACUUGAGAGGUUUCUUUUAAAAACAAAAAUUGGCAGCUGUCCUUUGACUUGUUUUUAGAGGGUAUGCACCUUGGAUCCAAUAACCUAGUUUAAUAUUUUUUGGCAACAUGUCCUGCUCAGAAAUAUCCAGGUUUAAAGCAAGCCCUGAUAAUGAAGGGUGAGAUGGUGUCAUUUCUAAUCCUCCUGUUUUUGAUUUAGAUGGAUGUGUUUUUGAAUGCCAUUUGCUUGCUUGGGUGAAAAGGGGACCUUUUGAAGUGUAAUUUUGCACUUUCAAAACUUAUUUUCUUGGGCAACAAUAUUUAUAGGGUUCAGAGCCCAUUUUCGAUUCUAAUUUAAAUUGUGUACCCAUCUAAAAAUUUUGGGCUCUUCCCCCACCCCAACAUUCUGAAAUUAGUGGGCUUUUUUGUUUUCUCUAUAUAUUUUUUUCAGUGAUGUGGCCCUUCUACCUUAAGGCUAAGAAAAUAAUCUUGUAUAUGCUACCAACUUAAAGUAUAUUAUCUUGUGCCACUUUUUUUUUUCCUUCUAAAUGACUUUGGUUGAAAAUAUGUGGUGGGUUUUUAUUUCUAGUUUAAUUUCUACCUAUUUCCAAGGACUGCCACAAAACCUGCAUGUGCAGUACUCUGCUACUUUGGGAAAGCUGCAUCUUUCUGCCAAAUUUUGACGUCUAAUAUAUUUAACUUCUGUGCAGACUUUUUUGGAGAGGGUUCUGUAUAUGUUAUUGUAGUUCCUAGUUGAAUGGUUCUUUGUAUCUUGCAACAGGUAGAAAUUGUUGUAAAAGACUCCAGAAAGUAAUAAUUGCAUCA